CCCUUAAUUGUAGGGUGCAAAAGUAAACGCAUCAAUUAGAAAACAAGGCUCAGAAACUGGUGGGUGGACUGUGGAAAGAAUAAUUAAUAAUGUCUGCGAUGCUCUUUACAGAGAACAACACGACUGGAGAUUGCACAGAUAUGUCAAUCUUACAAGAUCAUCAUAGUCAAGUGUUUGAUCUUCACAGGCACUACAUAUUUAUUUUGUCCAUUUCAGCAACCGGCCCAAUAAAAUUUUCUCUCCGUUUUGAUUAUUUUGGGCUCUUAGCAAUUCAAUCAAUAGUUAAGAGGACUGGUACCUAAUUUCAACAGACGAAUUCCUUUCUCAUGCUCUGCAAAUUCAUGAAUGAUUACUUCCAAGGAAAAAACAAACAAAAUGGUUAGUGCAAAGACUUUUUAAGCAACCUAAGGUGACACGUUCGAAUUCGAGGGAAGAAAUUUGCAUAUUUGAUAUCAUAAUUUUUUUUCCCAUCUCGUAUGAUUUAAUCACCUGACAUCAGUAGUUUUGGCGGGUCUUUUUGGGUGACUGUUUCAUCGGUGGCAAAUGGAGUUUAUGUUGACGUGCUUCAUUUUAUACUUUUUGAAGGUUUGGGUUCCCUGUAUAUUCCAAACUGGCUUGCGGCAUAACUUUUCUUUGAGUGGAAUAAUAUUUCUCAUGGGAUUCCAACUGCUGAGCACUGAUUGAGAAGGGAAAUGUAGUGAAUUGUAGUGUUCGUCAGGGUUUGCUGCAGAGAUGUCUGCAAUUUCUUUGUUUGUGGAGAGAAUUAUGUUCGUUUUGAAAUUACCCGGGUUUGCUGCAAAGAUGUCUGCAAUUUCUUUGUCUCUGGGAAGAAUUCUGUUCGUUUUGAAAUUACCCGCUUUGUUUUAGGGGGGAAUUCUGUUGACUCACUACUACCUCCUAUGUUCGCUAGGAGAGUUCUGUUAAACGGAAAAAUAAGCUGCUUAUCUCUGAGGAGAAUUAUGUAAGCUGACAAACUACCGGCUUUGUCUUUAGGGAGAAUUGUGUUAACUGACAAGCCAUCCACCAUUAGAUUAAGUAAAAAUAACUGAGGAGAACAGUGUCUCAUUAUUUGGGACAUGGCAGGGGUGAAGGAGCCUUUUCUCCCUCUUAAGCCUGUUGGAGCUGCUCCUAGGACUGUUUUCCAAGGAUCAGAAGUUUUGGGUCUCAAAAAGAGGGGCCAGGGAGUGAAGUCCUGGAUAAGAGUAGGUACAAAUGCGAUUUCUGAACAUCUGGAUGCUGAUAAAUUCGCCAUAAUGAAGCGGUGCGGCCUUCCAGCAAGGGAUCUGCGUGUUUUGGAUCCAGUGUUUGAUUACCCUUCGACAAUUUUAGGCAGGGGGAAGGCAAUUGUGGUGAAUUUAGAACAAAUAAGGUGCAUUAUAACAGCAGAUGAGGUUCUUCUUUUGAAUUGUUUGGACAUCUAUGUGUUGAAGUAUGUUGCGGAGCUGCAACGGCGUCUGGCUGUAAGAAACAGUUUGGCUAAUAACAUGCGGCAAUCUAGACCACGGUCUUCUCGACAGGAAGAUAAGGUGGAUGUGACCACAGGCACAGAACCACAGACUAACAAGCUUGGAAGUGAUAAUUUAACUGAUUAUUUUAGCAGUUCAUCUGCAGACAAUUUACCAUUUGAAUUCAGAGCGCUGGAAGUGGCCUUGGAUGCAGUAUGCACAUAUCUUGACACUCAGGCAAUGGAACUGGAGAUUGAAGCAUAUCCUUUAUUGGAUGAAUUGACCUCAAAGAUUAGCACAUUGAACUUGGAGCAUGCACGCAGACUAAAAAGUAGACUUGUCGCUUUAACACGUAGAGUUCAAAAGGUUCGUGACAAGAUAGAACAACUGAUGGAUGAUGAUGAGGGUCUGGCUGGGAUGUGUCUAACAGAAAAGAAAGAACGAUCAGAAGAGAAAACAGAAGAAUGUAUGGAAGAUGCACUUUAUAGGGCUCAAUCUUUGCAAAGUUAUAUUCCUCUAGGGGCUGGGUGUUCAGUUUCUGAUCCAGUUUUCCCUUUACAUUCUCGAGAUGAAUCUCAAAAGCAUGAGGAACAAUUAAGCUGGGAACACAUCAGGCAUGAAAGUACAGAUGGUGAUCAAAAGAUGGAGAAAAAAUUUAACUUUGCAUGCAGCAGAUAUGAAAGUACAAAUGGUGAUCAGGAAGACAUAGAGGAGUUAGAAAUGUUAUUGGAGGCUUACUUUGUGGUCAUCGAUAGCACUCUGAACAAAUUAACUUCGCUGAAGGAGUAUAUAGAUGAUACAGAAGACUUUAUAAACAUUCAACUGGACAAUGUCCGGAACCAGUUGAUCCAGUUUGAGUUGUUGCUCUCAAUUGCAACUUUUGUUGUUACCAUCUUUUCUUUUGUUGCUGCCAUGUUUGGAACGAACUUCGCCAUUGGAAUUUUUGAACAACCACAUGCUUUCAAGUGGGUUCUAUUAGUUUCAGGAUUAGGUGGAAUUCUUAUAUUUUGUUCUUUCUUAUUGUACUCUAGACAUCAAAGACUAAUGCUCCUCUAAAAAGCUAUAACUAAAGUAAUUUAUGCAUCGCUGAUAUAUAAGAUAGAAAUUGUGUGGUUCAUGGGGUGAAGCCUGGUCCUCUCAAUGUUCACAUUGCUCCUUUAACUAAAAUGCAACAAAAAUGUGUCUGUGCAUUGGUUUGCAGGUGAAAUAUGUUUGAAACUUCCAAGCAGUCUCACCUAUUGCUGGGAUUCAUCCAUCUUGCUUACUACUAAACAUUAGAGGCAAGCCAAUGUUAUUUUACCUGCUCUAUGGCCAGCUAUCUGUUUUUGUGUAUCAUGAAAAAUAAAUUUAUGGAAAAAGGAAGAACUUAAGUCCAA